AUGGGAGGUGGUUCUUCAAAGAUUUUGGACCCAGAAGAAGUGGCUGAGAUAUCAGCUGAGACUGGAUUUUUUAGGCGUCAAGACUUUCUCCUCAUACCUGAAUUAGCCAUAAACCCUCUGGGCGACCGUAUUAUAAACGAAUUUUUCAAAGGCGGGGAGGAGCUGAAUUUCCGGGAAUUUAUGCAAAAGGUUGCACGCUUUCGAAAGCCAAAUUCUAGCGGUGUGACUGAGUAUAAUAAUCGCGAGGCCAAACUGCGGUUCCUCUUUGGCAUGUACGAUCUCGAUGUCGACAACCGAAUAUCCCGAAGUGAGCUACUAAGUGUUCUGCAAAUGAUGGUUGGAGCUAGCGUCACAAUGGAACAGAUUAAUCGGAUUGGUGAGCGAACAAUGGCUGAAGCAGACGUUGAUGGUGACGGAUAUAUCACCUAUGACGAAUUCAAAGCGGCCGUUGAGAGCGUGGAUAUUGAAAACAAGAUGAGUAUUCACUUCCUGGAUUGA